AUGCUUUUCUUUAACACCUAAUUGCCACACCCAUAAGGUGCGAUUAGUCUCCUCGCUUUUAAAUACAAUGCAGCAGUAAUGAUCCACAUUAGAGCAGACAGAGGGACAGGGAAUAAAAGUUAGAGCUGAAACUUUCAGAGCAGUUUUUUUUUUUUUAAACUAAACGUGACAUUACUUCUUAAAAAACGAGAAUAAUCUCUUUUUCUGCGCAUCUGUUCCUGUAUUAAAGCAGCUCAGGGCUCCUGGCUGUGCCCACCCACAGCAGGCAGACCCAGGGAGGGACUUUGCCUUUCAACAUUUAACCAGCCAGACAGAGGUGCUUUUCAAAACCUGGAAUUACCCCGAGCAGACCUCCACACAGCCGGGACUGAUCACAUCUAACCCCAGUGAUGUCAAACUUUUUUCUUUAAUAAUAAUAAUGGAUGUCUGUGGUUUUGAUGCGCUGCACAAAUCUCCUGCAGAGCUCCUCACCGCUCAGUCUGCUGGAUCAGGGUUUUGAAGCCUAAAUGUGAGGGGGGAAUAAGAGGUCGGUGGUUUAUAUUAGAGACUCAGUUGGUGUGGAUGGACAGGUCAGAGGCGCAUAUGCGACACUGUGGAAGCACCGUUGGAAUUACUCACUGCGUCCAUCCGGGAUUACCCUCCUCCAGAGUCGCUCCUUGAUCGGAUGAAAUAAACAGGAGAAUGUAUGGAAUCAACCGGCGCUGUGUUUACAUAUCGUUUCAUUUCUUCGUGCUGUGGUGCCAUGCUCAGGGGGAGAAUCACCCGUCUCCUAAUUUUAACCAGUAUGUGAGGACGCAGGGCGCAGUGACGGACCAGCUCAGCCGCAGACAGAUCAGGGUGUACCAGCUCUACAGCCGCACCAGCGGGAAGCACGUCCAGAUUCAGGGUAAAAGGGUCACCGCCACAGCUGAGGAUGGAAAUAUGUACGCUCGUCUGUUUGUUGAGACGGACACGUUCGGCAGUCGGGUGAGGAUACGAGGUGCAGAAAGUGGGCGUUACAUCUGCAUGAACCGGAAGGGGAAACUGGUAGGAAAGCCCAACGGCCGGAGCAGGGAUUGUAUCUUCACAGAGAUAGUCCUGGAGAACAAUUACACAGCGUUCCAGAAUGCCAAGUAUGAGGGCUGGUAUGUGGCUUUCACCAGGAAAGGGAGGCCCAUCAAGGCCUCCAGGACACGGGAGAACCAGAGAGAAGUCCAUUUCAUCAAGAGGCUCCACACGGGCCCGCCUCCCUUCCCCAACACAGACCAAAGCAAACACUUUGAGUUCAUCCGAUUUCCAUCCACACGUCGAGCAAAGCGGAACAGGAAAUCACGUACCUCUUCCUAACGCACAGCAAAAGGAAUGGACUGAUGCCAGCUGCGAUGUGAGAAGAAACAGAUGCAAUUUUAUUUUUGUAUAAUUUUGAUAGGUAAACAAUGAUUAAAAUGCCAUAAAUCUAAAGUAAUAUUGCUGUAAAAUGAUCAUGUGUAAAUACUGACAGAGAGUAAAGCAGAUGGAUUAUAUUUAAUCGUCCUGUGUGUAUGUGUUGACUGG